CACAUGCCAACCCACCCUUACCCAUUGACUUUGGAGGCUAAGUAAGGGAAAAGAUAGCACUCUCACAAUCCCCCAUUCGAACUCCCAGAGAUAAGAGAGAAGGAGAGAGCCACACAACCAAGAAAACAAAGGAAAGAGCAAGAUGUCCGCAGGGUGAAACUCCAGUGCGUAAGGUUACUUGUUUGCUUCAUAUCUCGUGCUAUACUCAACCAAAUAAGGCGUGUGAGGUGCCCAGAGAAAUCUCUAAAGAAGAGGAAUCCGCCAAGGUCUGGUUUGCAUCAAUCGUAGUAGUGUAAGCCUUCCAAAUCCUUGGAAGAAAACACAACCUCGCAGAAAACGGAUUUGCUCCUCUAAAAGUAUGAAAUUCGAGCAUUUUAACGUGCAAGCGGGAAUCGACGGAAGCGGAGUGCAAACGGAUUUGCUGAGUUUGAAUUCAACGGUGAAGAUCUUCUUUCGGAAUCCCGCCACUUUCUUUGGCGUGCAUGUUACGGCCACCCCUCUCCAGCUUUACUACUACAACCUCAACAUUGCCACCGGUCACAUUAAAAACUUCUAUGAGGCAAGGAAAAGAAAUCGGGUAUUGGUGACAGUGGUGGAAGGAUACCAGAUUCCGGUAUAUGGGGCGGUGCCGAUCGUCGGUGGUGGUGACGACGGCAACACUGUGUCUGUACCGCUCAACCUAACUUUUGUCAUCCGCUCACGGGCCUACAUUCUGGGCCGGCUGGUCAAGUCCAAAUUCUACACCCAUGUUUUGUGCCAAGUUGCUCUUAGCGGAGACCAUGUCGGCAAGCCCAUUAACCUGAUGACUCCCGAAUCUUGUACUUAUCAUUGAAGUAUUGAUCAUAUUUAUAUUGCUUAAAUUAUUAAUUUACUGCAUCUUCUUGUAAUGCAGUUAUAGUUAUCCGGGAUGUCAAACUAAUCCGGCAUAGCUAAUUUUAUUGUAGUAAAAUAUCCACCAAAACAUGGCUGGGGUUUUCUAACUUUUUCGUAAUAUGUUGUUUAAUUCGGAGUACUAGUUGUAGAUCUGAUUGGGAGAAUGUCCAAAAC